AUGCCAUCGACUAAUGAAUUGCAAAUGAAUUCGUCAUACUCAUUGUUAAUUACUGACAAUGAUUGUGCAUGUCAAAAUAACGAUGAGAUUCUAUCAACGUUGACAUCGAAGCAUAAUCAUCGUCAUUGCUCGCGAGAUGUGCAUCUCUCCAACAUCGUCACUUUCAUGAUAUCAUUAAACAAACAUAACAUCUGUCAAUUGCAAAAGACGUUUUCUGUUGAUCUUCCAUUGCUAUCUUAUUCAUUUCUUGUUCAACUGAUCAAUCGUGCGUUUCAUCUUCAUUCAAACUUUACGGUACAAACCAAAGACAGUUUGCUUAUUAACGAUGAUUUCGAUCUCGAUGGUGUGAUAAUGCAUCAAAACGAUGAGCAUCAUCGAGUUGAAUUUCUCGUCAAUCAAUACGAGGUCGAUGAUUGGUGUAUCAUUGAAGAAGAUUUGAAUGAUAAUUUUGAAUUAUUUCAUAUAGAGAAUAAUCUAAUACUCGUAACAAUUAAAUCGAUCUACCAUCGGCCGGAAACAUUAUUGGAAAAAGCAACCAAUUGGCUGCAUGGUUCAGUUAAUCUUUUGUCAAGUAACUGCUUGACAAAAAAAGAAUUCUAUCGAAUGUUAGAUCCCGUCAAUGGUCGUCUAUUGAAUGAAGAGAAUUUUCGACGACGUAUCUAUGAGAAUGGAUGUGAACAAUCAGUACGAAAGAUUGUUUGGUGUUAUUUAUUUCAAGUAUUUAAUCAAACAAUGACAAAUGAUGAUAAGGUUCAGUAUACCAUCAAGGCAAAAGAACGAUAUCAAGAAAUGAAACAAGCAUGGCAAAGUAAACGGGAGUCAGAAAUCUUAAUCCUGGAAAAUUUGAUUCAAAAAGAUGUCACACGUACAGAUAGUUCAGUGAAGUUCUUUGAAAACAAACAAAAUCUAUCUCGAGAGAAACUCUUGAAUAUUCUUAUGACUUACUGUGUCUAUCAUCCUGAGCCUGGUUAUGCUCAAGGCAUGACAGACAUGGCUGCACCGAUUUUGUAUGUUAUACGUGACGAGGCACUGGCGUAUGCGUGUUUUUGUGCGUUGAUGCGUUAUAUGGCACCGUUAUUUCAUUCGGAUGGUAUUGCAAUGAAUCGUCGUUUAGAUCUAUUAAGAAAAACGAUUCGAGCGAUCGAUGUGGAGCUAUGGAAUAAAAUCGAGCAAUAUGAUAUCAGUAAUUUAAUGUUCGCUUAUCGUUGGUUACUGUUGGAUUGUAAACGAGAAUUUCCGUUCAAAGAUGUCUUUCGUGUAUUCGAAACCUUGUGGUCAUCGUUGCCAUCCGAUCGGUUCGAAUUGAAUAAUAGUUCAUAUUCGGAUAUCGAUGAUUUGUGUCCGUCAUCGAUUUGUUCACAUCGUUAUUCUUCGAUGACUUCAUCGAUAACAAACACAAUUCUUUCAUCGCAUUCAUUUUCAUCGAUUCCUGAUGAAAUACAAUCGGAACAUUCGAGUAUCGACGGUGGUGAUUCGGGUUUUCGUGAUGAACAAGUCGCAACAAUCUGCGAUGUGCAUUGGAACUGUUCGUUGCAAGACAAUUUGACCAUAGCAUCGUGUGUACCAUUAGAAAAUUGGUUGAAAAACUUCUCGCGAGUGGACAACGAUAUCGACUAUUCAGAUAUGUUUACAAUCUUUCUUUGUGUAGCCUUACUCGAACAAAACCGUUCGUCGAUUAUACAGCUGUCAGCAAUGAAUCUUGACAAUGAUGAUUAUAUUGGCUUCUAUUUUACACGUCUUGUUCGACAAAAUGAUGCGAAACAAGCGUUGAAACUUGCCAGACAUUAUCACAAACAAUAUGUCGUUUUUCAAAUGCGAACCAAACAGUUACUAUCAACGAAUUAUUAA